AUGGAAGUUAUAAAGAAUGUAUAUAUUCUCUAUCCCAUGAAUUUUUCUCUGUGAAUCGUCUCUCAUUCCAUGGCUUUGUCUUUGCUUCAAGCCCUUGUCAAUCUCUUCAUGAUUCUCACGUCCCACCAUCCACUCCUUACCUUCAUUCCAACUCAACCAACGCCUCCAAUAUUCAAUCCUCUUUCUCUCUCUUCCCCUAAUUCUCUCUUUGUCUCUCUAGAUUCAUCCUCUAUCUCUCUCACUCACAGACAGAUUUAUUCCCGUCCCACUCUCUAAUCCUCUCUCUCUAGCUCUGUUUCGUUCUCUCUCUAGCUCUGUUUCGUUCUCUCUCUACAUCUCUGAAAUUUUUAAAGAAAACCCAUCUCUUUUGCCCCUCUCACUAAUUCUCUCUCUCUCUUUCUUUCUCUGUUCUUUUUCAUUAUCUCUCUACAUCUUUGAAGUUUUUAAAGAUAACCCAUUUCUAUUCUCUCUCUACAUCUUUGAGGUUUUUAAAGAAAACCCAUUUCUUUUUCAUUGCCAACUAUGACGGAAGUCCUCCAUUCCAGUCAAGCUUAUGGGCCAGAGGCCACCACCACUCCCUGUUUUCCUUCCUCCUCAAGCUCUUUCUCAUCUGCGAAUGAUGACCCACAUGUGGAAGAGGGGUUUAACAACCCCAAUUCCCCUCUCUUAGACCAGGAGAAUGACCAGAAAGAGGACGAGUCUCUCUCCCUUGUUGCUCUUCUAUUGACUGCCUUUCGAAAGUCAGUUGUGGCCUGUAGAACUGGGAGAGACGAGUUGGGUUCGAUGGAGAUCGGAUGGCCGACAAAUGUGAGGCAUGUUGCUCAUGUUACAUUCGAUCGGUUCAAUGGCUUCCUUGGAUUGCCUGUCGAAUUUGAACCCGAGGUUCCUCGGCGUGCACCUAGUGCUAGUGCAAAUGUAUUUGGAGUUUCUACUGAAUCUAUGCAGCUUUCCUUUGAUUCCAGAGGGAAUAGCGUGCCAACAAUUCUCCUGCUGAUGCAGAAUUGUUUAUAUUCUCAAGGAGGACUUCGAGCAGAGGGAAUAUUCAGGAUAAAUGCUGAAAAUAGCCAAGAGGAGUAUGUUCGAGACCAGUUGAACAAGGGAAUUGUGCCAGAGGGGGUGGAUGUCCACUGUUUGGCUGGUUUGAUUAAGGCUUGGUUUAGAGAGCUCCCUAGUGGGGUUUUGGACUCUCUUUCACCAGAGGAGGUAAUGCAGAGCAAUACAGAAGAGGAGUAUGCUCGGCUCGUGAGGCUUUUGCCCCCGACUGAAGCAGCUCUACUCGACUGGGCUAUCAACUUAAUGGCAGACGUCGUUCAAGAGGAACAUCUCAACAAGAUGAAUGCUCGAAAUGUGGCGAUGGUGUUUGCCCCAAACAUGACUCAGAUGGCAGAUCCUUUAACUGCACUAAUGUAUGCAGUGCAAGUGAUGAAUUUUCUUAAGACUCUGAUCAUAAAGACCCUAAGAGAGAGAGAGGAGCCUGUUCUUGAGGCAGCUUCUUGCUCUUCCAAUUCCGAUCCUCCAAAAGGUAAUGGGGAUCAUGGCUCAUCUCAGCGAUGCCCAGAGGCCCACAUUGGAGAAGAAAAGGAGGAAGAGAGAGAAACUCAUCAAGAGAAAGAAGGGAGAGAAGAAACCGGUCAGUCACUCGAGGCUUCUGAGGCCAUUUCAGAUGGCAUUUCACUAGGAGCCAUAGCUGAUCCUCUGUUUGAGGAUUCGGGUGGGGGUUUAACCAAUUCUAGAGAGAAGUCUACCCAUAGUGGAAAUGGGUUUUCAGGUGAUGGGUCAACGGAUACAAAUUCUCUUCCAAACGGGGUGCACAAGCCUGUUAAUGGCCUCAAGAUUGAGGAAGUAGAAAUUUGCUGUAAAAAUAAGACCUGCAGCACCGGUAAUCUAAAUGGCAGGAAAAGCGCUAGAAACGGACAGCCUAAAGUUCAGAUAAAUUCGACUGUUGAGAAGUCGAGGGGAAUCAAUAUCAUAAGCCGUAUAAAUUCGAGGGUGGAGAGGGUCGAAGCAUGGAGGUAGAAGUGGGAAAAACUGUGUGCUUGUGUUUUUCAGAGAUUGGAAAUGAGAUUGGGUGUGCUUUUAUGUCUGUUUCGUGGGUGGUUUCUUAUGCAUCACUGCUAAUUGGGGAAUGUGUCAAACCCUUUUCUUUUCAUUCUGUUCAAAAACGGUUGGUUUCCUCUGAUGAGGAUGAAGUUGGUUUCGGUGUUCUGUGAUGUGUGAGAUUUGCUUUUGGUUA